GAAAAGGACAAGAUUUUUGACACUUUUACUUCACAGUAUAUGCAUCAAUAAUAAUAGACAAAAUGACAAAAGCAUUUUUACAAAAUUCAGUACCCUAUUGUUAGCAAAUUUCAGCAUUGAUCUCUUCUCUUCUAUAUUGUCACUUUCUCUCAUUCUCUCACAAUAACCCUUUUUUGUUCUUUGCACUUUUUAUUCACCAUUUGACACUUUUCCCCUUAGAAAAUAUUCAUUUGUGAAUUAGUAAACUAUGAUGAGUUUGAAAACAAGUAACAAGAAAAUGAUAAGAGGUUUCAUGUGCCACUCUCAAUCAUCAACAGCAGUGUGUAUGAGUAUACGUGAUUCUAAUCAUUCUGUUGUUGUACCUAAGAGGAUUGAAAAGAGUGUUUUUCUUGAUGAUACAAGGCUCAUCAAUUUUUCCAAAUACUCCAAACUUGUUGAGUCUCCUAUGUCCAAUCCUGUCCAAAAGAUCAUUGUUAGAGAGAAGAAUCAAAGUUAUCAAGCUAUUGAACCAAGGGAACUUCAGAAAACAUCUACACAUAAUGUUUUUCAGGUGGUUGUGAUGCGGGUUGCUAUUCAUUGUCAAGGAUGUGCUGGCAAAGUGAAAAAACAUAUCUCUAAGAUGGAAGGAGUUACAUCAUUCAGUAUAGAUGUAGAGUCUAAGAGGGUGACAGUGAUGGGCCACGUUUCUCCUGUGGAAGUUCUUGAGAGCAUUUCAAAGGUGAAAAAGGCUGAGUUCUGGAGUACUGCAAGUGCAACAUCUUGUUAAACCACUUGAGUAACCAUAUAUAUAUAUAUAUAUGGAAUCAUAGGAGAUGCAGAGCCAGAGUCAAUAAAGUUUCAAUAUUUCCUUUUCUAUUUUUGCUACCUUUGUG